GGCGACGCGGCCCGCGCGCUCCCCCGGCCCCUGCCCCGGCUGCGCGGGCCCCCGCCGGGCCCAUGGGCGGCGCGGCCGAGCGGGCGCGCUGAGCGGGCGCGGGUCCCCGUGCGCCCCGGACGCGAGCGACGGCGAGGUCUGGCAUCAUGCCCGGGCCCUCUGCCCUCUAGGCCACAUCCCCGGCCUGCAGAGCAGCCCCUGGGCACUUCAGGGCUCACCCCUUCCCCACUGCCCCCUGCCCCACCAUGGCAGGGGACCGACUCCCUCGGAAGGUGAUGGAUGCCAAGAAGCUGGCCAGCCUCCUGCGGGGCGGACCUGGGGGACCGCUGGUCAUCGACAGCCGCUCGUUCGUGGAGUACAACAGCUGGCACGUGCUCAGCUCAGUGAACAUCUGCUGCUCCAAGCUGGUGAAGCGGCGGCUGCAGCAGGGCAAGGUGACCAUCGCCGAGCUCAUCCAGCCAGCUGCGCGCGGCCAGGUGGAGGCCACAGAGCCACAGGACGUGGUCGUCUAUGACCAGAGCACACGGGACGCCAGCGUGCUGGCCGCGGACAGCUUCCUCUCCAUCCUGCUCAGCAAGCUGGACGGCUGCUUCGACAGCGUGGCCAUCCUCACGGGGGGCUUCGCCACCUUCUCCUCCUGCUUCCCUGGCCUCUGUGAGGGCAAGCCAGCCGCCCUGCUGCCCAUGAGCCUCUCCCAGCCCUGCCUGCCUGUGCCCAGCGUGGGCCUGACCCGCAUCCUGCCUCACCUCUACCUGGGCUCGCAGAAAGACGUCCUGAACAAGGACCUAAUGACCCAGAACGGAAUAAGCUACGUCCUCAAUGCCAGCAACUCGUGCCCCAAGCCGGACUUCAUCUGUGAGAGCCGGUUCAUGCGCGUCCCCGUCAACGACAGCUACUGCGAGAAGCUGCUGCCCUGGCUGGACAAGUCCAUCGAGUUCAUCGAUAAAGCUAAGCUGUCCAGCUGCCCGGUCAUCGUCCACUGUUUGGCUGGCAUCUCCCGUUCCGCCACCAUCGCCAUUGCUUACAUCAUGAAGACCAUGGGCAUGUCCUCAGAUGAUGCCUACAGGUUCGUGAAGGACCGGCGCCCAUCCAUUUCGCCCAACUUCAACUUCCUGGGCCAGCUGCUGGAGUACGAGCGCAGCCUGAAGCUGCUGGCGGCCCUGCAGGGAGAUGGGGCGCCCCACCCUGGGACACCCGAGCCCCUCCCGGGCCCCGCGGCCCCACUGCCGCCGCUGCCACCACCUACCUCAGAGAGCGCCGCCACCGGGAGCGCAGCGGCGGGUGCGGCCAGGGAGGGCGCGCCGGGCGCCGGUGGGGAGCCGCCCGCACCCGCCGCCGCCGCCGCCCCGGCCACCAGCGCGCUGCAGCAGGGCCUGCGCGGCCUGCACCUCUCCUCCGACCGCCUGCAGGACACCAACCGCCUGAAGCGCUCCUUCUCGCUGGACAUCAAGUCGGCCUACGCCCCCAGCCGGCGGCCCGACGACCCCGGGCCCCCCGACCCCGGGGAGGCCCCCAAGGUGUGCAAGCUGGACAGCCCGUCGGGAGGCGCGCUGGGCCUGCCCUCCCCGGGCCCCGACAGCCCAGACGCGGCGUCAGAGACGCGCCCGCGCCUCCGCCGGCGGCCCCGGCCUUCCGCCGGCUCCCCGGCCCGCUCCCCGGCGCACGGCCUCGGCCUGAACUUCGGCGACGCCUCGCGGCAGACUCCGCGGCUCGGCCUCUCCGCGCUGUCGGCCCCGGGACUGCCGGGCCCCGGCCAGCCGGUGGGCCCCGGGAGCUGGGCGCCGCCGCUCGACUCCCCCGGCACGCCGUCGCCCGACGGGCCCUGGUGCUUCAGCCCCGAGGGCGCGCAGGGCACGGCCGGCGCACGGUUCGGCCCCUACGGCCGGGCGGGCGCGCAGGGCUCAGGGGGCGGCGACCUGCGGCGGCGGGAGGCGGCAAGGGCCGAGGCCCGGGACGCGCGGACCGGCUGGCCGGACGAGCCGGCCCCGGAGACGCAGUUUAAGCGCCGAAGCUGUCAGAUGGAGUUCGAGGAGGGCAUGGUGGAGGGGCGCGCGCGCGGCGAGGAGCUGGCUGCCCUGGGCAAGCAGGCCAGCUUCUCGGGCAGCGUGGAGGUCAUCGAGGUGUCCUGACGGUGGCCGGGGGACCCAGCGCCCGACGCUCCGCUGCCCUCGGCUCCCUGGCCCCGGGCCGCCGGCAGCCGGGCCCACUAUAACUAUAUAUUAUAUAUAAUGCAAAGAAAGGUAAAUGGUUUUACUGCGAUUUUUAUCAAGAAGUAAAUAUUUCGAUUUUUUAUUUAUUUAAGCUGUUCAUUUUGGCAACGAUUGGGCAACAGUGCGGCCGGCCCUCGGACUUCUAUUUUUACUGUCUGGUAUUUAAACUGAAACCCACGUUUCUAAGCAAUAUGAGGCCACCUUCAGUCCCAAGCUGGGGUGCCAGGCCUGGGGUCCCCUCCCUGCCCUCCCGCCCCCAGGAAACACUGCUGACCGUUGCAAAGAGGCUGCCGAGCUUUCGUGCACUUUUUA